CACCUGCGCCUGCGCACCGCCAUCUUGUUAAAAGAGCCCGCUUCUCCCUCGGCAGGUCGCUUGUUUGCCACGGGCGGGGUUGCACCAUCCGGCAGGGCGGGGCCCGGCCAUGGCGACCGCGGAGCCCAGCGGUCGCGCGGUGCGGUUGUCUUCCCCGGGCCCCCGGCCCAGCGGGGCUCGGGACCGCGCGCCGGGAGCUGCGGGGCCACCCUCCGGGCAGAUCGGUAAUAGAGCCCUUCGUCUGGGGGAGCGCACUCCCACGGCCGUGGAAAAGCGGGGGCCAUACAUGGUGACGCGCGCACCCUCCAUUCAAGCCAAGCUGCAGAAGCACCGGGACCUGGCCAAGGCCGUUCUGCGGAGAAAAGGCAUGCUGGGGGCCUCGCCGAACCGCCCAGACUCUUCAGGGAAAAGGUCAGUGAAGUUUAACAAGGGCUAUACUGCUCUUAGCCAGAGUCCAGAUGAAAACCUGGUGUCCCUCGACUCUGACAGUGAUGGGGAGCUGGAAUCCAGAUACUCCUCCGGGUAUUCAUCUGCAGAGCAGGUGAACCAGGAUGUGAGCCGGCAGCUGCUUCAGGAUGGGUAUCACCUGGAUGAGAUUCCAGAUGACGAGGACUUGGACCUCAUCCCCCCUAAGCCCAUGGCCUCUUCAACAUGCUCCUGCUGCUGGUGCUGUCUUGGGGACUCUUCCUCCUGUACCCUCCAGUAGACAUUACCCUCGAAGAUGGGCCCUGCUCACCAUGAGGCCUACAGAGCCCUGUUGGCCACUCAUAGCUCACACAGUGCAGUGAGCACUGAAGUCACUGACCCCUAGAAAGUGACCUGCAGGUAGCCCUUACCUGUUGCUUCUCAGGCCAGAGGCCGCCAUCUGGGCUGUGGGCUAAUAGGUAGAAUUCUGUAGUUUUCCUCUGCUGUUGGAGCAGAGUUUGGAGAAGUCACUUUAAUAAGGGCAGGACAGAGAAUUCUGGUUCUUAUGGUGGGUGACAAAGGUGGCUAAGGAAAACACUUGUAGACAGCUUGACUGGUAUUUGUCAUAGUGCUUCAGGGAGGCAAAAAGGGAGCUCUUGUGCCCAGGCUGUGCUAGAUAGUGUUGUAUAGAGGCAGAAAAUAGCACUUUAUGGUUUAUUAUAGCUGGCAAUCCAAAAAAGAACUUAACUGUUUGAGACCGGUUCGAGAAAUUCCAUUUGCUCUAUUCUUCCUAGCUCUAAGAUGGUUUGCAGGCUUGACCUUCAAGAGAGCAUAGAGUGAGUCCUUUUGUCCCUCUUCAGGUUGCACCUGUCUAACUAUGACAGGGAUCAUAGCAGGUUGCUUAAUGACACAGCAGUAUCCUGGCUUCCAGAAUCCCUGGACCUGGGGCAUCCCCAACUGGUCCAACUGUCCGGGUGAGUUUAGUGAUUCUGGUUUGCCCUUCCCUAGUUAGAGAAAAACUGCUCCGACAUGUUCAUAUUUAUUUAUUUGUAUUUCCUUGGUCUGGGCGAGUUUCUUCACCCAGUCUUUGAGCUAAAGAUUAGGUCGAAGGUACUGGGGCUGGCCCCAGAAGCCUGCAGUUUUUAUUAUUACCAGCAGAGGGAGCUACAGGGAGCAGUCCGGUGCCUUCCUAUUUGUUUACUUUUUAAACUUUUGAGAAGUAGCAAUGGUCUCGUGAGAGUGGGUAUACAGCUGUGUGGGCUUUGUCCUAGACUGAGGCUUACAGACAGGAAGGGUAGGAGAGACCUAAGCCAGCUCCUAGACCCUUGCCUGAGGAAAUCAGUCCACCAGUGUAGAGGGCCUCCCUUCACUCCCUUCAUUCUAUUGCCAGAUUCUUCUGGUCACAGCAUGGGCCUCACUGGAUACUCAGGAUUGGGCUUUAAGCAGAACUCUGGGUGUAACACAGCCUCUUUCAGCCCCCAGCCCAAACAGCAGAAAUAGGCAUAAUUUCUGCUGUGACACCCCCUACCCACAAAUUGGAGAGUAUCUCUUGCUAUACUCUAUACCAAGCCUCUUUCUAGAAUUUUUCCAACAGGUUUUGUUUUGUUUUUUGGCUUAACUCAGAACCAUGGUGAGCGUUCUGCUUUGUUUUGUUGGAGACAGGGUCUCUGUCACCCAGGCUGGAGUGCAGUGGUGCAAUCACAGCUCACUGCAGCCUCAACCUCCCAGGCCCAAGCAAUCCUCCCACAUGGUGAGCUUUGAAUGGGCAUAGACAGGGUUCCCAGCCCAAUAGUCGGGAUUGGGGUGUAGGUUCUACAUGGGAAAGUAUCCAGUCUCUUGCUUUACUCAGUGUCCUGUGACCACUAGACGCAUGAGAGGGACAACACACUCUUUUCGCUCUACCACAAGGGGUGACUGGAAGAUGAGAAAGUUUAAUAAAAAGAUACAGCCUUA